AUGAUCGAGAAGCCUCCCAUCCGGAUCGGAAAUGUCUCCGGCGCAACAGGAGACCACCCGCACGCCAUGGCGCGCAUGGUGCGCUCCGGCAACGUCCAGAUCAUCACCGGUGACUGGCUCUCGGAGAUGAACAUCGCCUGGAACGCAAUCACCAAGCGCGACGUCGACCCAAACCUCGGAUACGAGAACGGCUUCUACGAGCAGCUUGAAGACUGCAUCGAUGAUAUAAUGGCCAAGGAUAUCAGGGUAGUGACCAACGCUGGCGCCCUCAACACCACUGCCCUUUUCGAUAAGAUCAAGGCGUUGUGCAGACGGAAAGGAUACCCAGAGAGCGUCGUCGCGGCGGUUUUGGGCGAUGAUGUGUCGGGUCUGCUCGAGGAUACGACGAGAAGCAAGGACUUGACCUUCCCGCACCUCGAUCAUCCCGAAGUUACCCUGAACGACUGGGGCUUCAAACCGUGCUGCGGGAAUGCGUACAUCGGCUGCUGGGGCAUCGUCGAGGCUUUGAGAGCUGGCGCCCGCAUCGUAGUCGCUGGAAGGUGUACGGAUGCUUCGCCAGUCAUGGGCGCCGCCGCGUGGUACUAUGGAUGGCAGAAAGACCAAUACCAGGAACUUGCCGGGGCGUUGUUAGCGGCGCAUCUCAUUGAGUGCGGGCCGUACGUUGUCGGAGCAAACUUCUCCGGGUUCAAGGAGUUUCUUCCCGAAUUGGUUGACCUCGCGUUUCCAAUUGCCGAAAUCAGUCGCGAUGGCGAGUGCGUUAUCAGCAAGACGGCAGAAGGAGGCGGCCAUGUCACUCAACACACAGUGACGGCACAGCUCCUCUAUGAGCUGCAAGGCCACCUCUAUCUGAACCCAGAUGUCGUGGGAGACUUGUCCAAUGUCCAGGUCGAACAACAGACUGGUUUUGGCGAAGAUCGUGUGCGAGUCUGGGGCGUAAGGGGCCUGCCUCCCCCGCCAACGACCAAGGUCAUGUUUGCUGCAGAAGGUGGUUACCAAGCCGAAGCCACGUUCUACAUCAACGGACUAGAUGUCAACGAGAAGGUAUCCAUGAUGAAGAACCAAUUGACUUACAUGUUCAGAGACAGCAACUUCAGCCGACUCAGCAUGGAGCAAUAUGGCACCCAAGUAUCAAACCCGAGCUCCCAGCAAGCAGGAACCGUACAGCUGCGAGUCUUUGCGCAGGCGCGGAGGAAAGAAGACAUAGCGGCGAUGAAGUUCAAGAUCCCGAUAUAUGCCGUGCGAAUGCAGAGUUAUCCGGGCUAUCAUAUGUCCCUCGACUUUCGCACCAUGGAUCCGAAGCCUUUCAUGGAGAUGUUCCCAGCGUUGAUACCACAAUCAGUCAUCGACCAUCGCGUCUUGCUGGGCACUGGCAAGCUGAUAUCGGUUGAUGCACCUCAAAACACUUCCGAGUACAAGGUUCUUCGGCCGUCUUCCGAAACUGCGAACCCAAUAGACCUCGUGUCUUUGGGACCAACCGAGUUCGCACCUCUGGGCAGCGUCGUCCAUGCUCGUUCCGGUGACAAAGCCGAUAACUCGAAUGUUGGCUUCUUUGUGCGGAACAACGAUGAGUAUCCGUGGCUGCGGACCUUGUUGACAGUCUCAAAGCUGAAGCAGCUGCUGGGUGAUGACUGGCAUAAGAACAAUCCCAACAGGCGAGUGGAACGAGUUGAGUUCCCCGGCAUCAACGCCGUUCACUUGUGA